GGGGAAUCAUCAGUCCCAGCCCAGAGGCUCGCAUAUAUAGCAUCCACCGCUCCCUCCUCUCGAUUCUCAUCUAUUUCUUUAAUCCCUCGUCAAACUCAUCCGGUCUGCGAGAGAGGCUUGGUUCUUGUAGAGCCAUAUACGUACUAUUUGUAUCUUUAGUUCAUUCUAUCAUACUACCACAACAAUGGCCAGCGCGCAAGAAAACGGCAACACCAGUGCCCAUGACCACGCUGCUAAUGGCGCACAGGAGCGUAAGCCAUACGACUAUGGCGGCAAUCCACUUGCCCACGUGCGCACCGACGGUUCAGUCGCCCUGCCAGCGUUCGGUGGAGACUUCCAACCUGGUCUCUACAAGCGUAACAGGAAGCUUGCCAACCCAGCUCCUCUGGGUUUGUCCGCCUUCGCCUUGACGACCUUUGUUCUGUCGCUUAUCAAUGUGACCACCCUCAACAUCACGGAGCCGAACAUUGUGGUCGCCAUUGCCUAUGGCUAUGGCGGCCUUGUUCAACUUCUCGCUGGUAUGUGGGAGGUGGCCUGUGGUAACACCUUCGGUGCUACUGCUUUAGCCUCGUACGGUGGCUUCUGGAUUUCGUUCGGCAUUAUACUCACUCCCGGCGGCUUUAACAUCGUCAACACUCUCGAGGGUGUAACGGAGACAGGCGGAAUGGCUAUGACUCCCGAGAAAUUUACCAACUCGUUCGCGCUCUACCUAUUCGGAUGGUUCAUUUUCACGUUCCUCCUCCUCAUCUGCACCCUGAAGUCGACCGUGGCCUUCUUCUCGCUCUUCUUCACGCUGGACCUUGCCUUCCUGAUGCUUGGUCUCGGAUACCUUUACGCUGAUGCUGGAACCCCCAAGCAAUCACUCAUUACUGCUGGUGGUGCCUUCGGUCUCGCCGCUGCUCUGUUGGCCUGGUACAACGCACUAGCUGGUAUUGCAGAUAACACCAACAGCUUCUUCGUCAUCCCAGUGGCGCACUUUCCAUGGUCCGAAAAGGGCCGUGAGAAGCGCGGCAAGGUCGAUAACAGUGCCGAGCGCGCCGCGCAGGACGUAUAGUCGACUUUGCGACGUGAUGCUUGUUGCCACAAUGAAAUCGUUGUGCGGACCGGACUACGGAAAUGGAAAGAACGCUAAUUGUUUAGCGCUUGGCGGGGUACAGCCUAGUGCUUUCACUAUUAUUAAUUAGUAUACAUAUGCCAUUCGCAUACUUACCCAAGUUGGCAUGGUACCAACUGUCGACGACUGGCAAGCAAUGUAGGCGAUAUUUGAGUUGAAGUUAUGAACAUACCCAUUAGUUAUACGACUGUACGAUAUCGAGAAGAAUACGAUCUAAUAGUAAUGAUACACCAG